UGGUCGGUUUUUCUUAUCGGAGUGACAACCGCCUUGGAAACUAAGUACUAUGCCACAUCCACGCGGGAAAUGGCAUCCCUGGUGCAGAUAGAGGACGAACUUAUAGGAUAUAUGCGCCAGUAUGCGAAAGAACUGCAGGCUAAAAUAAACACCAUGAGGAUUUUCCAGAAAGAAUGGAAGACGAGGAGAGCUCUAGGAUCGACUGAUCCUACCACGUAUGUGGCCAAUCCCCUCAUAAGUUUUCCACUCAUGCGACGAAUGUACUCCGAAGCUCCUAAGUUGCUGGAGUUUGCUCGUCAGGAGGUUACAGAUCCUCUUCAAAAGUUUGUAAACCGAGAUUUAACAGGUAUUACAGCACUGGAUCUGAAAAUGGCUGCAACCGGAUUGUUGCGCUUUCAGGGCGUUUACGGCCUGAAUGAAAGCGAAAUGGCCAAUGGAAAAUUGUCAGACAAACAGUACAACUCCAGGUUAAGUGCUGCAGAUUGCCUUGCUCUGGGCACUCAUCUAGAGGAUCAGCAAAAAGGCAAACAGGCCAUCAAGUGGCUGAGAAUUUCCCUGGAUCAGUAUGAAGAUCGAUUGGAUCCUGUACAUAGGUUACUCCAAACGGGUCGCUCUCAGAUCUAUGAGAAACUAGGGCUAACAUUGCUUUCCAUGCAUGACUUGCCAGCCAGUCAAGAUGCCUUCAAGAAGUCAAUAGAGUGGGCAUCCAAGGAUGACAGUACCAGCCUGGCCAAACAUUUGAACGAUAAUUUGCAUCACAUGUUUGUCCAUAUGGACAAUUGUCGGGGAAAAAACCUUAUACCAAGAACUUCUACCCUCCGUUGUCGAUACUUUACAGAAGGUUCACCAUUUCUCCACCUGGCUCCUUUCAAGUUAGAGCAACUCAACUUUGAACCUUUUGUUGGCCUCUUCCAUGAUGUUAUAGCUCUGAAAGAGCAGCAAGAUCUAAUAAACCUAUCAAAAUCCAGAUUAGAGCAUAGGCAGGCAGAUAGCUCUAGCGUUGAGGCUGAAGUGCCGAUGAAUGCGUCUGCUCAUGUAGCGCGAAUUCACCAAAGGAUUGAGGAUAUGACAGGACUCGAUUUGGCAGCAAGCAAGCCACUAUUAGUCUCCAACUUUGGCAUUGGAGGUCAGGAUUUUAUCCACUGGGACUGCAAGCAGCCGAAUGAAUUCGUUGAACCCUUUAUACCAGGAUAUCGCACAGCCACCGUGCAGUUUUAUCUAGGUGACGUUCAGAUGGGUGGCCGCGCCUCUUUUCCGGACCUGGGCUUUGGCUUGAAACCCAGUCGUGGAUCGGCCUUGGUUUGGCACAACACUGACAACGCCGGGAACUGUGACAUUCGAAGUUUGCAGGCCACUUGUCCCGUGCUCCUUGGAACGCAGUGGGUGGCCAGAAAAUGGAUCAGUGGGUCAGGCCAGUGGCGUAGGAAACCCUGUCGGAAGUAAAGAAAAAGCACUGUUCCAUUCGUUUUUUUUUGUCCACUUUUGCGAUAAUUUAUUCAAUAAUUUUGUCGUUAUUUAUAUUAUGAUAAUAAAUUUUAUGCACUAUUUUAUAGUAUUCAUAUUUAAUUUA